GAAGUCACAGCGGCGCUUUUAGAAAUCAUCUUCCAAAAUUUUUCAGUCUUCGACUUUGAGGGACCCCCCCUCCCCCUCCUAACUUUCUUCACCCGCCCCUGAACUGAGAGGAGAAUACCCCGUUGUAUAGUCGUGUCAAAGCCAGGGUAUCGUCGGCCCGUCUCAUCGAGCGAUGCAGUAUCGAUGCCAUCGCCGCCGACAUACUUGGCAAUGAACUCGGAGUUUCCGACGCUGUACUCGACUACCUCAGUUUCCUAAAAAAAAAAUGUUUUCCGAGUCCGAUACCGCCGCACGCUCCGGCUUGGAAUGAUCGGUAGACGCGGCCAUAAUGUCCUCUGACAGCCCGGGGAUGUACUCGAAGAUAUCCCACCAGCUAGCCGAAGGUCAGUGCGGCCUUCACCUUGGCAAGGACGGCCAGCGCGAGUUCAAGGACUCUGGGUACUACGUGAGCACCAGCGAUGGUGCCAGCACGUGCAGCAGCAGCACCACCGAGGCGGGGGACUUUGAGACGGGGACCUUGCUGGUGCUCGAGCCGAAGUCCCUGCGGAGCUUCACGACCAACGACGAGUACCUGUACGCCAUGAAGGAGGACCUGGCCGACUGGUUCUCCUGCCUGUACCAGACCGUCAUCUCGGCGGAGAGUUUCUUCGCCGCUCUCGAGACGGGGGUCCUGCUGUGUAAGCACGCCAAUAAGAUGCAAGAGUACGCGAGACAGCGGCGAGAGAAAGGCGAGAGUCUAGAGAUGAAGUCUUACUUUAUCAGGUCAAUACCAGAGGGGAACGUGGCCUUCAGAGAGGGAGUUAAACCUGAGACCUUUCAGGCGCGAGACAAUGUCUCCAACUUUAUAUCGUGGGGGCGGCAGAUGGGGAUACCGGAAGUCCUCAGCUUUGAGACGGAUGACCUUGUGCUCAGGAAGAAUGAGAAGAGCGUCAUCCUGUGUCUGCUGGAGAUUGCCAGGGUGGGAGCCAAACUUGGGAUGCUGGCGCCGACCCUGGUCCAGAUGGAGGAAGAGAUUGACGCCGAGCUAGCGGGGGAGGAGCCCAAGCCACAGGUCCAGAUAAAGACCUGCGACAUGAGGUCUUUGGACGAAAGGGUCCGUGAUUUGAUCCAGCGCUGCACCUGUCCUAUACAGUUUCCCAUGAUCAAAGUUGGAGAGGGAAAGUACAAAAUCGGAGAUUCCCGGAGUCUCAUCUUCGUUCGGAUUUUGAGAAACCACGUGAUGGUCCGUGUGGGUGGAGGAUGGGACACGCUGGAGAACUAUUUAAACAAGCAUGACCCCUGCCAGUGUAACUAUAGGGGCCACCGCGGCAAUACCAACCCUGUCUUUCAAUCAGCCUCCAGCCAACAACGUCGUCCCUCGACCACCAUCACCCGCCCACCUGCCCCCAACACCCCCACCUCACCCAGACGCGCCCCCAACACGGCGCCACCCCCGGAGAGAUCCUCAUCCCCUCAGACAACCGCGCCACCCCCCAGCAACUCGCGGGCCAAGAGCCCCACCCUCAUCAUCUCCAGACACAACCCUGGCUCGGGCAAGACGUCCCAGCCCAAUUUUAAAGUCAGCCGGACUGCUACUGCGCCCCAUGAAACGAGUUCGAAUCCUCACCACACCGCCUCCAACCAGCCCACUCGCUCCAGCUCGCCGGCCUUGACCCGACUGAGGAGCCCGUCGCCCUUGAACUCCCCGAGUCGGCUGGUCAAGUCGUCCAACUCGUCCCCGCUUCACAGCAGAGGCCGAAGCUCCGAGCAGCUGGACAGGCUAAAGACGCUUAGAAAUGGAUCCUCAGCAGCAUCUAUCAGCAGUGAGUUUGACGAAGAACUAGCCUUCAAAGAAAACCAUCUCCACUACAUGGACGUGAGCUCACAGAACGGGUACGACCACCCACCCAUCCACUAGUCUCCCCUACGUCUUUACCUAACAACUGCACGUCUUUCUUAGAUCACUCGCAGAAAUGUACCCAGCAUCGCCUCUCAACCUAACCCGAAUGCCGCUUGCGCUUUUUAUUUCCUUAAAAUAAAAACUGACC